AUGGCGGUCGCCGGGGGGGAGGGAAGAAGUCGACUCCCACACUCCAAGGCUUCUUCCUUCCCUGUCCGCCGCCCCCGUUCAGGCACCAACCCCUCGAUCUUGUUUGUUCGCUUGCUAGCUCUCCCUGUGCCGCUGGCCUCGAGAGAGUUCAAGCUCUCGCGCGAGUCUCCGCACCAGCCGAUCUCGAGGUGAUCCGUUUGAUCUGGUAGGGUUUCACAUCCUUUCUUACACUGUUAGGUAACCAUCUAUGUCGAAACUAGAAGUAGAGAUUGAGGAAAGAGACGGGAAACUGUGGCAGAUCUUUUGCUGGUUUCUGAUUCCCGUUCUUGCUAAAACCCUAAUUCUAUUCGGUUUCCACUACUCUUUGAUGAGUUGAUUUCGUCUUGAUGCCGCAGGGAUGGCUCUGCUCUCCACUAAGAGCUUGGCUUCUUCGGUUCCAUUCGCAGCUCGGCGCCGCCUGCGUAAUGGGUUGUCCGAAGGGAUUUCUAGGGUUUCGCUGAACUGGAGAGGGGGAACCGGCGGCAAAUCUCUGCUCAUUCCCCGAUCGAAGAAGUCCCCCUUUCAAGGUUUAAUCUUCUUUUUUGAUCCCUUGUAUCAUCUUCUCCCUGCGGUGAAUCAUACGCGCCUCAUCUUCUUUGGUUACAAUAAUUGAAAUUUCUUCCAGUUCAUCUCGUCCAGAUUCAACUUCUUCGAGUGUUGUCGGGGCUAAUGUACUUCGAAUUAUGAGGAUAUUGAUGCGCAGUCCAAUCAGAUUUUCAGAGGUUCGCGGAGCCAGCGAGACUUCUACCGUCCAGGGAAGCGAUAUUCCUCGGCGAAACCAUGGCAGGAAGCGUGCUCGAUUCGGCCAAUCUGGAUGAGUCCUCAUCGUUCUACAUUCUGCAGAUAAGAACGAGCGGUGAAUUCGGGUCUUCUCUGAGCGACGCCGACGCUGCGAUACUGCUCUCCUUCAUCGACGUUAAUGGCGAUUCAGUUCUUCAAAGAAUACCAAUGGUCUCAUCCGGACCCAGUCCCUCUGGAGCUGAGGAAUCUUCCUCUGUUUCCGAAGGGGUCCACUUCCAGAGGGGCUCAGUCGAUGUUCUAGGGUUUCACGGGCCCAAGCUAGGGGACAUCAAAGCCCUCUGGGUGGGCCUUGAAUCAGGUUUCUCGAAACAUGUCGUCAUGGUUUUGUGCACUCAUCAUCUGAUCAACUGUAUCCGAUCUCUGAAAUUUAUCAAUUUCUGUGUUUUCAAGGUCAGGCUCGUGGAGAUUGAGCGGAAUUCGAUUGACUGUCGUCGGCGCCGACGGGUCAUCAUCCAGUAAGCUGUAUGAAAGCCGUCGGUACGAUUUUGAAGCAGAUGAGGUGUUUUUCGGGGGGAGCGGAGGCUUGUCCAUGGCGGAGCUGAGGCCUCAGCUUGUCGACGGAUUCUCCAUGGACGAUCCAUCGGGCAUCAUCAGCGGCGAUCUCUUCCAGGAAUCGGGAAAGCCUAGAGUAUCGAUGGAGGAGAGCAUGGAGGAGUACUCAGAUCUGAAGCUAUCCCUGCUGGUCUACGACUUGCUGUCCGUCACCGGCGGCGCCGCCGCCGUCGCCGCCGUCUCAUCGAGCGAGGAGGCGGCCAUCGCCUUCGCGGCUGGCGGAGCCUGCGGCUUCCUGUACCUGUUGCUGCUGCAGAGAUCGGUCGACGGGUUAUCGGCUUCUGCGUUGCCGGUGGCCGGUGGUGGCAAUCUCGCUGGAGGAGGAGGGUUCAGGGGGGCCUUGUGGGGUCUGGCGUUGACCUUAUUGGCGGCUGGGGCUGCCGUGAGGUUUGGAGCGGCGGAUGGAGGGUUGGCGUUGACUCCCCGGUAUCUCUUCCUCGGGCUCGCCGGGUUUCUCACCUGCAAGGUGUCUGUGGUCUUGGCCGCCUUCAGACCCUUGAAAUCUCUGAGAGGGAAUGGAGGGGAGCCAACCAGAGGCUUGUAA